CGGGCCCGUUCUACCCCAGCGCGUUGAGAGCUCUCAUCUUCACUCACGUCAUUGAAAUGGACUUGCUCAUCGUCCUCAGCACUUCAACUGCGUAUGUUUUCUCCGUCGUCUCGUUUGCCUAUCAGGUGGCUGGUCGUCCGCUGCCGACCGGGGAGUUCUUCGAAACCAGCACCUUGCUCGUCACCUUGAUCAUGCUUGGACGUUGGGUCAGCGCGUUUGCAAGACAGAGGGCAGUGGAGUCGGUCUCCAUUAGGUCUCUCCAGGCAGCAACGGCCGUGCUGUGCGACGCAGAUGGCCGUGGUGAUCAAGAGAUCGAUGCUCGUCUUUUGCAGUAUGGCGACUUGUUCAAAGUCACGCCCGACUCUCGGAUCACAACUGACGGUAUGAUUGUCUCUGGCAUGACGGAGGUCGACGAGUCUAUGGUGACCGGCGAAUCCCUGCCUGUCGAAAAACACCCAGGCUCUGCCGUCAUCGCAGGCUCGCUCAACGGCUCAGGUGUCCUCGUUGUCCGCCUGACACAUCUCCCUGGCAACAACACGAUUAGCACGAUUGCGGCCAUGGUAGACGAAGCCAAGUUCUCCAAACCGAAGACCCAAGAACUUGUGGACAUUGUCGCCAGCUACUUUGUUCCAGUCAUCCUGACCCUCACAAUCGUAACCUUCGCGAUCUGGGUUGCCAUUGGCAUCUCUGUCCGACACCAAAACAGCGGCCGUGCAGUGGUGAACGCCAUCACAUACGCGAUCUCGGUCCUCAUCGUCUCCUGUCCUUGCGCAAUCGGCCUGGCCGUUCCCAUGGUCGUUGUCAUAGCUGGAGGCGUUGCAGCAAAGCAUGGUGUUGUCUUCAAGUCAGCAAUGGCAAUCGAGACUGCCCGCAAUGUCUCCCACGUCGUCUUUGAUAAGACCGGCACCCUUACUCAAGGUGAACUGUCUGUCGCAGAAGCAGUCUAUCUUUCCAACAAGGACGACCUCGUUGAAUCCAUCACUCUCGGCUUGACCUGCGACAGCAAACACCCCGUCUCCGCCGCAAUAUCAACUUAUCUCAAAGAAAGGGGUGUUGAUGCUGCCAAGAUUGGAGACUCCAAAUCAGUCACCGGUAAAGGCGUGGAAGGCACUUUUGACGGCGCGAACGUUCGCUGCGGCAAUACCCGCUGGCUCUCAGCCGAGACUCUCCCAGAGGUCCAAGAUCUCCUUGCCAAAGGUCUCACCGUCUUCGGCGUAGCGAUAAACGACCAACUCAUCGCUGUCUUCGGCCUCUCCGACUGCCUCCGCCCAGACUCCCAUUCCGUCGUUACUGAGCUUCAAAAGCGCAACAUCGCUAUCUCGAUAGUCAGCGGCGAUGAUACUGGUGCCGUCGAAGCUGUUGCUACCAAGCUGGGAAUCCCGGCUAGCCAUGUGAGAUCUAGAUGCACGCCUGGCGAUAAGCAGGUGUAUCUUAAGAACCUGAUGACGGAUGAGAAGAAAGUUGUUAUCUUCUGCGGCGACGGGACUAACGACGCGGUGGCGCUUGCUCAAGCUGACAUCGGCGUGCACAUGAAUAGUGGCAGCGACGUGGCGCAGACUGCUGCCGACGUCGUCCUUGUGCGCCCAUACCUGGGUGGGAUUUUGGUGCUGCUGGAUCUGUCGAAAGCGGCGUUACAUCGAAUCUUCUUCAAUUUCGCCUGGUCAUUUGUCUACAAUUUGUUCGCUAUAUUGUUGGCCGCGGGUGCCUUCGUCGACGUGCGGAUUCCGCCGCAGUAUGCUGGAUUGGGUGAGAUUGUUAGCGUUGUGCCUGUCAUCUUGAUUGCGCUACAUCUGAGGUGGUUCAAGCGGGAGUAUUGAGGUAAAGAAUUUCGGCUGAUGCUUGUGCUUGUGUCAGCAUGAAGUCAUAUCGUCUUCACACGAUCACUGGGAGCGUAUCAAACUUUUAGGAUAAAAUUCAUUGCCGCUCUUCCACAUGCUGUAUGGGUAGGGAGCCAUUUUCGCUGUGAUAAGAUUGUAGCAAGGUCUUUACAAUGAGCGAUACCGUACUGGUAAUUGCUAUAGUUAAACUAUGGCGCCGAUGAUUGGAAAG